AACGGAUAAAGGGGGAUUUCUCGAAUGUCGUGAUCGCAUCACGGCCGAAAUGAUCGUAUAAAUCAAAGUAAAGUGUGCGUUCGCAAUUGCGUGACGACUCGCGUACAAACAUGUAUACGAUACAGACGAAGAAACGGACAUUUAUAGAAGGAUCGAGCCACUUAUCGGGACACGAGAGUGCUCGAGACGUUUGCGUGGAAUAUUCGGAUGUUAACUGCGAGGGGAUAAUGGAAGUUGAAAAAGUCAUUCGGGGGCAGGGGUUCGAGCUGGAGGCGUGCGGCCGACUCGUGUGCUGCGCGCAGAGGCUGUGCAGAAGCGGAAGCGCAACAGAGGAGGCCGAGCAGCGAAUCAACCGGGGGCGAAGGGGUGCACAGGCGGGCCCCGAAUUGGAGGGGCCCUCAGGCUCGGAGGAUGGCAUCCUUCCGAUCCCGGUCAGCCCCAGCCCCGCGUCCACGUCCUCGCAGGAGGACGCGUGCAAACCACCACCCCGCAAUUGCUAUCGUCUGGUUAUGCUCGGUAGCGCGAGAGUUGGCAAAACGGCCAUUGUAGCACGAUUUUUGUCCAACAAGUUCGAGGAGAGUUAUACACCAACGAUCGAGGACUUCCACCGAAAGCUGUACAGGAUUAAAGGCGAGGUCCAUCAGCUUGAUCUUCUGGACACGAGCGGGAAUCAUCCGUUUCCGGCCAUGCGACGAUUAUCCUUCUUAACAGGAGACCUGUUCGUGGUGGUGUUCAGUUUGGAUUGUCGAGAAUCGUUCGAGGAGGCCAUCAGACUGCGUGAAUCGAUCCUGGAAACUAAAGUAAGCGCGACCCAAAGUGCAACGAAAAGCAGGAGCAAGAGUCACUUCAAUUUGAAGGUUCCUAUGGUCAUCGUCGGAAAUAAAUGUGAUAAAGAUACGAAAAUAGUUACGGUCGAAGAGGCUGAAGAGUACUGCAACAGUCAGGACGAUUGCUGCGUAUUCGUGGAGGCGUCCGCGAAGAGGAACUACCACGUGGAGGAGCUUUUUUACCAACUGUUCGUAGUGGCAGGUUUGCCGUUGGAAAUGGCGCCGAAUCAUCACAGAAAGGUCCCACUCACUUUCGGAUCUCCGACCAUGUUGCCACCGUCACAGCCAAGGCACAAAGCCACCCUGAGUAUAAAGCGACGGCUGAGCGACGCCUGCGGCGUCGUGGCGCCCAACGUACGCCGGCCAAGCAUCAGGACGGAUCUGAUGAUUAUGAGAACGAAAACGUGCUCCCUGGCAGCCGGGAAUGAGAACAACGCGCCUGGAUCGAGGAUCACCCUGCGUACGGACGCCAGAAAGACGUGCUCCAUUCAGUGAUAUCCCUGCUGUCGAAACGAAUAAGAAUUCGAGACGGGUCAGAGAGGAAUCUGGGUAUUCGAAGGGCGAUCCUCGUUAACGAAACACGAUUCCCCCGAUCACGGCCGAGCACCAGUCGUGGAUCGAGCGUUAUAUCGAGUCUUUCUUUCUCUCUCUUUUUCCUUUCGAAGGAGGAAGAAGAGAAACGAUUCUGAACUUUGAUGCUCGUUCACGAGAAAACGUGAACUUUGUAUUUGCAUUUUUUCACGUUGAUCGUACGUAUAGCGUACGUAAGGAGGGGGUACGGACGAGGAACCGUGAAGCGGGGAGGAAAAGGGAAACGUUUAAACCGACCACGCCGCUCGCCUUAAUUAAUUAAAGAGAUAGGUCUAGCAUAGCGUCCCGGAAGUAUAUUAAUAAGGUACAAUCGGAGGAUCGUUUGUUGAGAUUAAUCGAUCGAUCGGGUUGUGAUUGCGGUUAGAGAGACGAAGGGGAUAAGAGAUAAACGUUCUAGUGAUAAACUAUUCGGAUCUUUUUGAAGAACUGUCGGCCAUUCGUAUGCUUGAGCGAAAUAUUUACUUUUUCUUGAUCGAACCAAGUUUGAUCGAACGCUUCGAAACACUUGUUCGAUUACACAUUGGAAAGUGUGUUAGAUUGAAAAAUAAUAAUUCUAUCUUGAAUUAAUUCAUUAAUUUGAUCGAGAUAAUUAUAAUUUGAAACAGAAGAUCGAUAGUCCUCGUAGUUUGUACGAAUGGUCGGCUGAUCGUGACGCUUGGAUUCUAUUUAAGCAUGAUCGUUAAGCCGAUACGAACCAAAUACUGUAUACGUGUAUAUAUAAUUAAUUUAUUAUCAUGGAACGUGGUGGCACACUGUUGUAUCGAAUAUGUAUGAGCAUUGGAUGCAUUGGAUCAAUCAUCGGGAAAAAUUUGAAUCACUUGGAAAUACUCGUUCAAUAUAUUUCAAUAAUUACCGGCAAUUAUAAUUCGUCCAAUUUAUAAUGAUCGAUUCGAGUUUCAUUUCCUGUCAUCGUAAUUCUAAAUUGUCGACUCGACUUGUUUUUUUAAACAAACGUAAAAAAAAAAAAAAAUAUCGACACGCUCUCUCGAAUCUUGUAUUCAAAUUAUUCGAAACGCCUGCAACAUUAACGCACAACGUUGCUCAACGUUGAAACAUUGUUAAUAACUGUAAUAAUGAAAGCGCAUGAAAACAAAGAAAAAAAAAAACAUAACGCGCGUGAACGUACACGAGACGCAUCUUUUCGUAAAACUCAUCCCUGAUUUUCGGACCAAAUGAAACGUUUCGUUCUCUUGUAAUAAAUGCGUAAAUAACAAUAA